AUGGAAAAUUCCCCUGAUAUUAUUGUUGUUGAAAGCAACGAAGGAGAAGAUAAUGCAGGAGGAACCAAUGCGGCUGUAGGUACUGGUUCAACACAAGUAAAUAAAACAAAUAUCAAAGAACAUACUCCAUAUGCUAAACGGAAAAGAAAGAAGACUUCGCCAGCUUGGGGACAUUUCGAAACGAUAACAUUUACAGAUGGAACUGAAGGGUCUGAAUGUGUUCACUGUGGUGAGAAAGUUAAGAAGCUUAAGGAAGGGACGACCACACCAUUGCUUAGGCAUGUUAGUGAUUGCCUAAUAUUAAAUGGUGGCAAAGGUCAGUCAAAGUUAAAGGUUUCACAUGGAAAGACAGAUUCUUCAACUACGAUCCAAAAUUGGAAGUUUGACAAUACUAGGAUGAGGGAGGUUAUUUCUCACAUGAUUAUGAUUCAUGAGCUACCUUUUAAUUUUGUUGAAUAUGACUUGUUUAAUGUGGUGAUGAAAGAAGCUAAUCCACUAUUCAACAAGAUCUCACGUGCUGCAACUAGACAAGAUUGUGUGUCUAGUUAUGAAAUUGGAAAGAAAAGAAUUCAAAAAAUGUUAAAUGCUGUCAAUCGUGUGAGUAUCACAACCGAUAUGUGGACAUCAUGUCAAAAUAUUCAUUAUAUGGUUGUGACAUGUCACUUUGUUGAUUCAGAUUAUAAGCUUCACAAAUGUAUUUUGAGUUUUGUUGAUGUGCCUCCACCAUAUUCAGGUGUUGGCUCCGAGUAUCCUACAUCAAAUCUAUUUCUUCUAGAGCUAUACGGAAUAAUGGAAUCAUUAGAUGAAUUAGUUUUGGAUGGGAAUGCUUACAUGAAACCAAUGGCUGUUAAGAUGAAAAAGAAGUUUGACAAAUAUUGGGGUCCUUGUAAUUUGUUGAUUUCCAUGGCUGCUGUUUUGGACCCUAGAUACAAGACAGAGUUACUUAACUUCUCUUUUAAGGCAAUCUACUCUAAUGAUGAGGCAUCUACGCAUGUUAAACUUGUUAUAGAUACUUUGAAAGAAUUGUUUGCAGAGUAUGUUGAGGAGCAUAGAACUACAAAUGUUGUCCAAUCUUCGAAUGCUGCAGAUGGAACUGAAAGUGGUGCAUCAAAAAGAGGUCCAAGUGUUACGAAUUUGAGAUUUGGUAAGAGUAUCAGAAGUAGUACUGCUAAAUACAAUCAACAUAUCAGAAGUGUUGAUUCUAUUGCUAGUGUAAAGUCAGAAUUAGACACUUACCUGGAAGAAGGGGUCUAUAUUAGUGAGCCAGGUGCAUAUUUUGAUGCCUUAGGGUGGUGGAAGGAGAAAAAACUUAAGUUCAAAAUUCUAUCUAAAAUGGCUGCUGACAUUUUGGCGAUUCCUGUCACAACUGUUGCUUCUGAAUCUGCUUUCAGUGCCGGUGGAAGGGUUAUUGAUCCACACCGUUCCUCUUUAGGAACUAAGAUGGUAGAUAUGCUUAUAUGUGGAUCUGAUUGGGCAUCGUCAAUAUUACGGACUACAGAAAAAGAAAAACAAGGAAAUUGAUGAUGUUAUAUACGUUGAUCUUCCGUGAGGUGUGACCAUUUGAAAAGUUAUGAAGUGUGAUCAUAUUCAAGAUAAUGUCUGUGUGAUGUAGAUAAAGGGCGAAGAACUUUAAUUUUGCAUUUUGGAAAAGAUAUUUGAUGUGAUGAAGUUAAAGGUCAAGCUAUGAAAGUUUUUUUUGCAGAAGAUAUUUGAAAAAAAAGACAAUAUUUUAAGUAAUUUUGGAUGUUUUUAAUCGUAGGAUUUGUUAUAAUACAUGUAUUUAUGUUUUGGUGUUAAUGGUG